CCCUGCCAGAGAGCUGGGGCAUCGUCGCGCCCACGGGGAUUCAGAACGGAAGGAUUCAACGGAGAUGUCUGGACGCCCAACGUUCCUGAAGUGGGCGUUUGGACGGACGUGCAGCUGCCACACCACAACCCGCCCAUGGAUCCAAUGCGAUCGCACCUCGCUGCGCAACAGCAGAUUCACAAUUACAACAACAACAACAACAACAACUUCAGCUGUGACAUCAAAAUGGACGGCCACGGCGCAGAGGGCGAGACGAUCUUCCCCUUCGAGGACGCCUUCCAUCCCCACGACAUCUUCGCCCUCGACCAGCCCUUCAGGAAGAAGGAAGAGCCGACGCCCACCAUUCCAGAGGCUACCGCCCAGAAGUUCUUGCAGUGCAUCGAUGACAUCAUUGGGGAUUGCUUCCUGGAGGAGGGCGGGGGAGGAGGGGGACCCGGAGAGUCCGGGGGUGGUGGAGGAGGGGGAGAGACGGGCGAGGGAAUCAACGCCCCCAACAGCGACACCACCACCAACAACUGUGGAGGUGACAGUGUUGGCGAGACAGACCAAAGAUCUCCACCAGCGACCCUCCUGGACCUGGGCAGCGGGGCACUGACGCAUCAUCCCUAUACCCAGGUCAUGUCACACCCGCAAACGCCCAACCACACGCAGCAGCAGCAGCAGCAGCAGCAGCAUCCUUCCACUCCGAACCUCAGCAGUCAUCCUCACACACCCACCUAUUCCACCCCCAACCCCGACCCACCGCCCACCAUCACCCCAACGAUCUCAAUCGCAAACUCCGCCGCCAUUUUGGAAGACCACCGCCUGCAAGACAACCUGGUGGCGUCUCCAGCGGCCCUGCCUCACCAGCCUCCCCGUCACCAUCAUCACCAUCACCCUCACCAUCACCAUCCUCCUCCUCCUCAUGAUGGAGGGAAUUCACCGGUUGCUGCGGCUCAUUUCGGCGUCGAAGGAGAGGGGACAGGGACAUCCUGUCCGAGGUUCGUGUUCCCCUCACCCGCCAGCGAUUACAGCAAUUACGCCGCCAUCGACCCCUCGGCAGCCACUGGCACCUUGCCCAACUAUGACAUCACCGAAGCUCCAACUAAUGGCAGACUGCCUGCUUACGACGUGACGGAAGCAUCGACCAAUAACACCUUAACUUCUUAUGACGUCACGGACGUUUCUACCAAUGGAAGCUUGCCGAGCUAUGACGUCACCGUGUACACGUCAUCGUUCUGCGUAUCGCCGAGCCAAUCACAGUCGUUCCCGGGUCGCGAGGGGAAGACGGACAAUCAACUGCUUCCCUGUCAUCCAAUGGCGAACUGUGAGACUUCGUCGCCCCUCAGCUGAACAACUCUAGUAUUAUUCCCUCACUUAGCAACUUAACGGUUCACUGUGUGAACUUUCGUCCAUAAAUGACAGAUGAGUGGCAACAAAAAGAAACAAUGAUAACGAAAUAUGACAAAUAAACUUUUCCUAAUGUACUAAUACUGUAUCCUCGUGCCUGCUACACUUAAGUGGCCAUGUGACAUUUUUUGUAGACUUAAUUGAAACGACCUUUGUACAAACUCUAUUGAAAACAUUCCGUUGAUGACUGACCAGUAGGAUAUUUGAGUCUGUAUCAGUUUAUGUAUUAUAGAUAUAAAAAGAAACCUUUACAAUGGUUAUUGUAGUCUAUUCCCAAAACUGUUUUGUUAGAACAAUGCACUGUUGACCAGAAACUAACCUUACGAAAGGGGAAUGAAUUGUUGUACUUAGAAAAGUACUCAAGAAUGCUGUUUUGUUAUUUUGACGUCAAUUUUACUUGAUGUGACUGAUGAAAACUCUGGAACCCAUUAGUUCGGUACACUGAGGACUUAAAACUGGACCAUAAGGUUCGGAAACCUGAGAAAUGUGCUGAUCGUGUCUUGAAGUGCAAAGAAGUGUGAACACUACUCGUUGUGAAAACUGCGCAUUAAUGGAUAACAGAACUGACGGAGUUUACUUCAGGAACAGAUACUAUAGUGUUGCUGGAUGAAAGAUAUAUCUUUAUUGCUGCCCCUCUGUUGGUCUCUGUUGAAGACAAGAGGUGAACGUUUUUACAAAUGUUUUUAUACAGGGUGACCUUUCUCAUUUUCUUUUCAUUAUUUUACGACUGACCUUCUUCGUACUAUCGAUCUUAUCUGCUUUCAAUGCUGAACUUUCCUUAGGAGUGACAGUUUCCUCUCUACAGUAAAAUAUUGUUUUCCUUAUAUGGGCGAUCUUGUUUCACAUGAGAAUCUCCGUUUUUUACUAUAAACUUUUUCUCACUGACCUUUUUCCUUUUACGAGCUACCUUUACAGUUUUGUAGUGACCUUUCCUUCAUUUUAGUGAUUUUCUUCCUUUUUACUCCCGGCCUCACUUUUUGUAUAUUGACCUUUUCCCUUAAGCGGCCAUUUUGUGUCCAUAUUAGUAGUGAUAUUCUAAUUUCCUGCAAUAACACCCUCCCAUUUUAAUAGUGACCUUCACCCUCUUUUGGUGGUGACCUUUUCUGCACCCUGUUUUGGAGUUGUGGGCUCAGCCGCACAGGUUGUUUUAGAAUUUAUGGUUACUGCAAUUAUUGUCAAUAUUAGUAUUAUUUGUCGAUCUCCAUAUUUCUACUCUAAUCGUUAUGGAUUCUUAAGUGUACUUUUAGGACAUUGCAACUGCUCAUAUAUAUAGAUAAAUAUUAUAUAUAUAUUACAUUGCAUAUCAGUGAAUAGUAUUAUGAUCAACAUGCUAGUCAUUCAGUUUUCAUUUCGUGGCAUUUGAGUUGAGCGAACUAGUCAAAAAAUAUCCAGAAGAUUUCGACUUUUUUUUAUAUUUUUUUCCUUCUCUCUCUUCCAAACAAACAAAAGACUGAUGAUUUCUGAAAGCAGUCGAAGGCGCUCCGCACUGCCAAGCUGAAAAAGAUUCGUCUCUAUGUCUUGCUCUUAGCUGCUCUGUGAAAUUGUUUUCAAUCGCUGAUUUAGUGAAUAUUGCUCUGUACUGAUUUUGCGGAAGUUUAUUCUGUUGGUUUCAUGAAAACAGGCGUCUUCGCAGGUUUAGCGUCAGCUGGCUUAGUUACCGAAUUAGAUCAAGUUCGUUUCUUACCAGAACCGUCAACACUGGCGUCUUCCAUGAUUUUCAGAGCCUUGGUUUCCUCAGUCAUUUCAAAAACAACACUAAAAUAUUGACUGCGUUUGUGAAAGUUUUUAUUGACUCACUUAGUGACCUUGAAACCUUUUGGCGUUGAGAAAGUGGGUUUCUUUCUUGAUCAAAUGAAAGCUGGUUUGCAUAUUUGAAUGAUUCAGUGGUACUGCUUUACAGAAAGCGACUUCAUCUUGUAAUGUCUCAUUGUAUUCAUAGCAAACACCGGCACAGCUUCUCGAUUCUCAUACUUAAUGAGCUUAUGUUUACUUAAGUAACGGUAAGUGCUAAAUGUACUUUUCCAUUCCAGUUCUCAAUGUUCAGGUAAACAAGUAGUUUCGCAUUUUCUGGUCAAAUAAUAAUAUAUGCCAAAACCCAAUCAGAGAAACGCGCGGAAGAAAGGACUUUAUCAGAAUGAGAAAAAGGUGAUUCUCAGUCCGGUUCACUUCAUGAGAUCGACUAAGUCCACCAUCCAUCGUGAAGGCAAAAUUCGUAAAUGCUGACCUCGGCUGUAUGAAAAAAGAAAUGGUUGUUCUUUAAAUUAGAUAAUUAUCUUUCUCGAAAACCUUUGGUACAAAUUUACGGCAUUUUAUUUUCUAUAUCACUCGAUGAUUUAAUAUUGUGCGAUAAGGUUAUGCCGUCUUGUUUGUAAAAAAAAAAAAAUCGUCCAAAUCCCCUUAGAGAUUUUCAAAAUGUGAAACAUUACCGUUCUCUCAUAUUUACAACCAAAAUUUUCAUGGAUAAGUAAUGGAAUGUCCCCCAAAAUGACUGUAUUUUGAUAACCCCGGAAGGCACAGAACGUGUUCGAGAUGACAUAAAUUUUAGUUUAUCACAUUUCAGUUAUGUUCAUUUAACUUGAAAUAUCAGGAGGCUGUUCUUGGCAAGACCAUGUUUAUGCUACCUUUUGAAGAAGAAAAAAAUCUGUAGUAGAUAUCCAAAUACCUAGACUUUUCUAAUCUCCCGUAAGUUAUUGGAUAAUCAUUAAAAAAAUGGAACCUAUUUCGACAAAUUCCGCAAUAGGCCUUAACCCAAGCAUCAACUGAAAAUAAGGUUCUCUUCAAGUUAGCAAGGUCUACUGCAGACAAUUACAGGCCUAACCUUAACCACAUUCCAAAAAAAGAAAAAUAAUAAUCGACAAAAUCUUGAAUAUAUUUUCGGAACUGCAUAAGAAAUUUAGAAAUAGUUUUCAGUUUGUAAAAUGGCAUCAGAGAUAUUAUGUUCAAGCUAGUAAAAUUAUACAUUUAUCAAGCAUGAUAUGAGCGGAGGGGAGGAGGGAGACUUAGUAUUUGUGUUGUAAAUUUGUUUCCUAUGAGUUCAAGCGUGAAGUGUUUUUACUGUGUUUACAGACACUUGCAAAAUAGCGUGAGCACCUGUUUCUGUCUCAUAUUGAGGAGAAAAAGUGGAAAAAAUUUAGUGGUCCAACU